AUGCACUGGGCAGCCAGGUGGGGGCAGUGGGGGGCGCUGGAGGCUCUUGCGGCGGGCGGGGCCGACGUGGACCCCGUCGAUGAUGAGGGCAACACGCCUCUCCACGACGCAGCUUCAAGGGGGCAUCUUCUCGCGGUGGGCGUCUUGACUGGCCUCGGGGCGUCCACCAGCAAGAAGAAUAAGGGCGGGAAGACUCCGCAGGACCUGUUGGGGAAACCUUCCGCUGAUGAACUCUUCUCCAUGGCGAAGAAAUGUGCUGCGGCCGAGAAGGAAAGGAUGAGGAAGAUGCAGGACAAACUCGAGGAGCAGCAGAAGGAGAUGAAGAAGAGGUACGACUCGAAGGAGGCGGAGGCAGACACUCUGCAGAAGGAAAAUGGAGAGUUGAAGAAGGAGCUUCAGGAAAAGGAAAAGGAAAACAAGGUAACUCAGGUGCAUGACAAACUCGAGGAGCAGGCGAGGAAGAUGAAGAAGAGGUACGACUCGAAGGAGGCGGAGGAGAAACUCGAGGAGCAGGGGAAGGAGAUGAGCAAGAG